GUGGAAUUUCGUAUAUAUGGCGAGGCUUCUUUACUCUUCCCUUUUGCGGACGUGAGAUUUCUUAAUGAUGAUACCUGAAUGCUCAGUUGCCCCCGAGCACGUGAGAGAUUAGCAAGUACAUGAAUGUCUAGUCGAAAUGAGUACAGCACAUAUUCAUGGAAACUUAGCUGGUGCAAUCUAAUGCGUUCAAGCUGUACUGUAUGCUUUCCGAUCUGUGCAAAGAAAAGAAAAAUGGCCACCCAGGGCAAGACUCCAGACUCCCUUCGCUGUGCAUCCCGUCAACCCCAAACCACCAGCGAGAACAAAUAUACACAGAAUCGAAGUCAGUCCCACAUACAACCAUCGCCCAAGCCUUCCUCAUGUUCUGUGACUCCACUGCGGACACCGCCAUCGCCAACCGCCAAACUUGCAUCAUCAACCAUCCCACUCCAUCCCUAGAACUAAAUCCACGAUCU